UGCGCCGCUAUUCACCCUGCUCGGCCAGACUACUGCGUCCGCUCCACCAAACAGCCCUUCCAUCCGCCAGAGGUUUCUAGUACCUGGACUCGGAGCUCGGAACGAGAGCAGCCCUGAAGCGAUGCAGUCGUCACCUGGUCAAGAGCACACCGGUUCAGCGGUCAACUCGCGAGAAAUCGCCCGCGCCGCCACUAUGCCAAAGCCCAGUGCUGCUCUUGCCUCCGCGCCCACGGCUUCUCCCUUGGAUAAACCUAGGACCAUCGACGGCUCUCUCCGGGGCUCCCAAACACACAAUAGUCCAAAGUUUGGGACUCGACAUAUUCUCAUACUCUGCCUGGCUGCUGUGGCAUCCUGCCUCGUGCUGAUCGUCCUCUGGCUACUGCUGCGCGGUCAAGAGGCGCACCGGCCAGGGACCUGCUCUGACACCGAGGAGCAGCUGUUGGUGAAAACCUCGCUGGGCGAAAUCAGGGGAGUCGCCGUCGAGACCAGCAAUGGGCAGCGCGCGCGCGUCUUUCGCGGCAUCCCCUUCGGCGAGGGCACGACGGGAGGCCGGCGCUUCGAGCUCGCCACUAAGGUCACCAAGCUACGCUCUCCUUUUGCGGCGGUGAAGCAAGGUCCUGCGUGCUUGCAGCCGUCAAUACACGUCCCGGUACUGCGGUCGGUCACUGUCAUGUCGGACAACUGCCUCACCCUGAACGUCUGGGCUCCCAGCCGCUGCUCGAUGGAGAAAGGGCAGUCACUGCCGGUGCUGUUUUUCCUGGGCGGCUGGAUGUUUCAUGUUGCCAGCUGGAACGGUCUCUUCGAUUGGAGUACCAUGGCGAGCCAUGGCCGCGUGAUCGUCGUGUCCCCUAACUUCCGGCUCGGCGCUGCCGGCUUCCUGCACCGCAACGGAACCGGCCCGGACAACGUGGGCGUCGAAGACAUCCUGCUCGCCUGGAAUUGGACCAAGGAGCACAUCGCGUCGUUCGGUGGCAACGCCAGCAACGUGGUGCCCUUGGGUCACUCGAGUGGCGGCUUUGUGGUCUCCGCCUUGCUCGCCAGACCUGAGCUGUUCGAUGCGAACCGGUCGGUCAUCCUGUCGCAGAGCAUGUUUACCCUAACUCCGGAUAACAGUGGAGAAAAAGGAGUGCGCAAAACCGAGUUCCUCGGGGAACUUUGCUGCAACAGGUCGUCCUGCGCCGCUGGUCGGUCCAUUCCAGAAUACGUCCGGUGCCUGGCCUUCCUUCCAGCGGCGGAGCUGGUGGACAUGUUGAAGUUAAGAUUUUCGUUGGCGCAGAUAAACCUCGACGGCGGACCUUUCUUUUUCGCCGACGCCAGGAAACUUCCGGAUGACCGGAGCUUCUUCGCCGGCAAAGAUGUGUUGCUCGGGAACACUAUUCACGAGGCGGACCGCGUGCUGGCGUUCGGCAUAGCAGUGCAGAACCUGACGGACAGUGGGGUGCGCGACAUCGUCAAGUUCCUGGCGCGCCAAAUCGGCUUUCCGGAAGAGAAGGUACUGAAAUACUUAGGCCCCUACCUGGCCCUCGACGACGACAGCGCAUCCCGGUUCGAGAAACUGGAGAAGCUGAACGAUCUCUUCACGAAGGGGGCGUUCCAGUGCCCCAUGCUGCAGUACGCGACAGAAGCUGCGAAGGGUGGUGCGAACGUCCGCUUCAUGGUUUUGGCGGAGGAGAAGAUGGACGCUGUUGAUCGCGCCACCGGCGACGGGGUCGCCACGUACGGGGACGACCUGCGCUUACUAUCGGGUGACCCGACGUACCAGAGUUUAACGACGCCCCAGAGCAGCCUGUCCCACACCAUGAUGGGUCACGUGGCGGCGUUUGCGAGCUCAGGGAAUCCGGGGCACAUUUCCGCUACAGAAGAGUGGCCUCCAUUCACGGAAGCCGAAAAGAAGGUUGUCCUGCUGAACAGCUCAGUGGUGUGGGCUGAGGCCCAGUGGCACGCACAACCCUGCGGCAUGCUGAUGGAAAUAUUGUCCCUGCUUUUGUCUGGCGGUUUGUAAGCAUGCCGUUAUAAAAAUCGAUUC